CUGAAUAUUUGAACAUUCUUAAUGAUUUUUUCGGAAGAUGUUAAACUCUUAAAAAGAAAAAAUAUCGUGCUGCGCUCAGACUAGCAGGUCUGAGAUGAACAAGAAACGAGAUUUUACAGGGAAUCGAAAGACAAAGCGUCGAGGCGUAGCCGAAAAACGGUAAGCGUACAAAUUUUUGUCGACGAUGACCACAAACCGGAUUUGAAUUCUUCGGACGUGUUAUACGUGGAAUACGAAGAGGACGAAGAAGAAGAAAGAAAGAAAAUCGCGCAGAGGCAACGAGCAAAAUCUCCCGACGCACCACGUCGUGUUUUAUCUUUGGUGGAAAGGUGGCGGGAAUGGCAGGUUAUUUCAAAAUCGGCGACGUAUCGUUCGAUUCGCGCCGACGUCUACGGCAUAGCGACGUGACGCGGUUCGGCAAACUCACAAAUUAGGAAUUAACCUGGUCUGAUUAUAAAUGCCUCGAACCGCGAACGCCGUGGCCGUCUCCUAAAAGAAAUCCAACGAUCUCCACUCUCUGUUCGAUCUCCAUUAAUUUAGAAAAUGGCAGCGGCCGCGAUCGCGGAGCGUUCCGACGUGGCGGAUAGAAGAAAGAAAGAGAGGAAAGAGGGAAUUUCGCCAGAGGAAAAACCGGACUUGUCCCCUGGAACCUUCGACGUAGAUAAGAUUACUCGAAUGGAGGAUGUCAGGAAUUUUAUGAUAAAAGACUUGCAAGAGGAGAUUCGAUUGGAACAAUACAACGAGAAACGAAAAGCGGAAAUGGAAGCGGAAGAAGCGGCGAACCGCCAAAGGCAGUUAAAACAAACACACGCCGUACUUUCACAACAUUGGACAGCAUUCACGGAGAACAUGCUCCAGUUGGAACAAGAAGAGAACUGGGCACGGUACAUGACUUGCGAUGGUCUGCCAGAUCCUGGUUCGUUGCCCGACAUGAAUACGUUCUUGUUCCUUUGGUCGUUGAAGAGCGAAGAGGCGACCAUGAAUACUAUAGAGGAAAAGUGUCGAGUGAUCACGCACCUUUUGAGCAAGAUCGAUCGAAUUAUUCGCUUCUCCACGAUGAUCUCGAAGGAGUAUGUGGCCGAAUGUGAAUCGAUCGCUGCUAAGCUCCGCAACGAGCUUCAACGAUGGAUUGAUCUCGCAUGUUAUCAACUGUUACGUAACAUCGAGGCUAAUAUGGUCCGAGAAGACAUUAAAAUCACUAGAUAUGUUUGUGUGACAAACAAAGCGGUGUGCUGCGUUUGGGCUCCGAUCGCACUGCCCAUAGGGCUUAAGCGACAAAUAGCGGAUAGAGAACGACCGUCUAUAUUCGUAUCAAGAAAGACAAUCGAAAUCGAGAUAGAAUUCGAAGAAAUGAAGCUCACGAUUAAGAUGCCGAGCGAUUUCGAUUGCCAUCAAAUGGCAAUCAGAGGCCUUUGGUUUGCUUACGAUCAUCACUCGGUUGAAGCGGAUUCCUAUCGCAUGCCUUCAUUACCGGACUAUUUAUUCGAUCUAUGGAAUCCUUCUCUCGAUCUUCUCGAAUACUCGGCAAGAGAGCACGCAGAGAAGCUUCGACUACGCGAGGAGCAAGCCGAGGAACGACGUCUACGUUUAGAGGAGAAAAAAGCGAUACUCGGAAGAAUGGAGUAUCCGCCUGUUUCGCCGCGACGCGACAAGAGAAAGAAAGGCAAAAAGACGAAAGGACAUUCGGCGAAAAAUUAUGAGUCGGAGUUCGAAGCCACGUUAGCCACCAUGUUGCCUUCGAAAUCGGAACUGUUACCCUAUUUACCGACUCCGGGCGAGAUAAUCCGUGAAACCGAAGAGAAAGCCAUGUCGGAAAGCAAGAAACUACUCUUUACUCGAUGCGAGGAGACGGAGGUGAAUUUGCGAAAAUACAGAAUCCUCGGUGGAGUGUUUCGCGUAGAUCUCCUCUAUCAACCGCCUCAACCGAAAGAUCUUGGAAAAGAUAAAUACUUGACUACACUCGAAUUACCAAAGGAGCCGAAAUUCGUACCGUUUCUCCGAUCGUACGAGACACCUCAGCCAGCACCGGAUUCCGAGAGAACGCCGGAAGUCAUCGAGGCUGAGAUGAAAGCCCUUGAACUAGCGAUGGACGCGCUCAUCUUGCUCACCCUCAAAUUGCCCGAGACUGUCUUCUGGUUUGAGCCACCGGUGGUCGCUCAUUGGUUACCGGAGAAGAAAAUGUGGUCAACGAAAUACGUGCACGACGUGAAGUUCAACGAGGAGAAACAAACGAUCGCGUUCCGUGUCGGAAGAUUAGGGAUCCACGGAUUGGCGGGAUACAAAUUCGCGAACCUUCCGUUCCAAAGUUGGGAAUUGAAACCGGAAGCGGGGAAAAGUGGUCGCCUUCACGCCGGAGUGGUUCUCACCGUUACAGCUGCUACGAUUCAAGCUGAGUUCGUUAUCAGGGAAGAUCGAGUUUGUUUGAACUCGUUCACCGGUGCCGCAUCGAUACCGCUCAAAGAAACUCUCGGCAAAUAUUUGGAAUUGGAAUGUCUGAUAGAGCGGUUGCAACAAGAUGGAUUGGACCUCUUCCCAGAACGGGAUGCUGCCAGCUAUUUAAAAGGACUUCCGAUCAAACAUCCGAUCACGGAGAAACACUUGAGAGAGUGCAUGGCUCUAUUGUCUACCUCGUACGUUUUUUCUUGGUCACGAUGGAACGCGUCUCGCAGUUUCCGAGAAAUAGUUUUGCAAUUUAAAGAGAUACACGGUUGUGUCGCAAAAGAGCGUACAAACCUGAUGCUCUUGGUAACACCUUCGCGAACUAUGCGUAUACGCUGUACCGAGAUGAGCCCCGAAUUUUCCGACUUACCCCUCGAGGACGAAGACACUAAGUUUUACGCCGACCUGUAUCGGUUGGCGUUAAACACCGCUGGGAUCAAGACUCGACUGUUAAUAGGACAGAUCUCGUACAAAUUGGCGUCAACGGUUGCUCGACUUCUCGAACGUACCAACGUUAUCAGCAUGUCUUCUUAACUCGAUCGAUCUCCACAUAAACGUCAACUAUAUGUCACGUAUGUCGGUGGAGAAGUUAAUUUUGUAGUACGUUGAACCAUUACAACUCUAAAUUUCCUCACUCAAA